ACUUUCGUCGGAGGAGUGGUCCUUCAUCGAACUCCUUCUCAAACCUCAGAUCUUUCGCCGGAGGAGUGGUUCUUCGUCGGCGGAGUGUCUUCGUCAGAGGUAGGGUCCAGCGCCGGAGUGAUCUUCGUCGGCGGUAAAAGUCUGCACUGGAGUAAUCUUUGUUGGAGGUGUAGAGCGUAG